AUGGCUCUUUCGUUUACUGGAAAGCCGAACCCUCGCGUGGGAGAGAUCCUCGUUGCGAGAUUGAGUACACUCCCUGCUCAAAGGUCGACAGGGUUGACGCUGAAGCAACGGAGGUUUACAUCUACGCUGGAGAUUACCCAAAAACAGACCGCACCAGCAGCUCCAUCUCUUCCUCCUUUGUCUGCUCUGCCUACCCGUGUCCUUCUCCGGUCUCUCCUGGUGUCGACUAUCUCUUCAAAGGCAUGGCUACUAUACCCCUCUCUAUGGGUCAUGUCUAUCCUCUCCAAGCCGAACCGAGGGUUCUUGCUUAAUGUGGACCGCAACCCUAUACUCCACGGUAUCUUGAAAAAGACCUUUUACGAACAAUUCUGCGCGGGCGAGAAUGCCGCCGAGACCAAAGCCACUAUUAAAGAGUUGAAGGAUAUGGGGUUCCGCGGUGUGAUUAUGACAUACGCCAAAGAGACCGUCUUUGAUCAUCGUACCAAUACUCAACAUGGACUGGGCGUUGCCGCUUUGGAGGCCGAGAAGAAUGGAGAACAGGUGGAUCCUCGUCUGGUCCACUGUGCCAAUAUUGAAGCAUGGAGAAAGGGAACUUUGGAAACGGUGGAACAGCUUGAAGAUGGAGAUUACCUUGCUGUCAAACUGACCGGGGCUGGUCCUACGGUCACCGAGGCCUUUUCCAAGGGUGACCUCCCCCCAACACAAAUGAUCAACGCCAUGGAUGAAGUCUGCCGGAGAUGCAAAGAGCGCAACGUGCGAAUCCUCGUCGACGCAGAGUCCCAGCACUUCCAAUGGGGUAUCCUCCGAUUGACCCUCGACCUCAUGCGCAAGUACAACCGUGACGGAUACGCCGUCGUCUACAACACCUACCAAGCCUACUUGAAGAGCACAUCCAACACACUGGCCAAGCACCUUGCCGCUGCCCAACAAGAUGGAUUUACCCUGGGCCUUAAGCUUGUGCGUGGCGCAUACAUGGCCUCUGACGAGCGAGCCCUUAUCCACGAUACCAAGACCGACACCGAUAACGCAUACAACACCAUUGCCCAGGGCGCUUUGAAGCGAACCAUCGGCGACUUCGGAACGACCACCCCCUUCCCCUCUGUCAACCUCUUCCUGGCCAGUCACAACCGCGAGAGCGUCAUGGCAGCCCACAAUCUCCACAAGCAACGCACUCAAGCCAGCCUUCCCACCAUCCCUGUCGGCUUUGCCCAGCUACACGGAAUGUCCGAUGAAGUGAGCUUCUCCCUUCUCGCCCUGAAGGGCAGCGAUGGAACCCCGGAGGUGUACAAGUGCUCUACCUGGGGUGGAAUGGGAGAGUGUCUGGCGUAUCUGUUGCGAAGGGCUAUUGAGAAUCGCGAUGCAGUCUUGCGCACGAGUGAUGAGUAUAAUGCCCUUAAGGCAGAGUUUAAGCGUAGGUUGAAGGGUGGAUUCUCUUUUGCUACGCAGAAAUGA